AAACCCAAGCGAGCUGUUGUUUAGCAUCAGUUGUAUCAGUGCAAAUCAACCGAUACAUACCUACCAUCACAACAAAAAUAAAUAUUCAUCAUGAAAUUCUUUAAGGUAAGACAUUUUAUACAAGUAAUUUUUUUUUCCAAAUAAUACAUUUCGACGAAAAAAAAUAUUCGUUUAAAUUGUAAACGGUUUUUCUGUUGUGAUUUUUUACCGUAAACAUUUCUAACAUUUUGUUUGUUAAAAAUCGUAAAUUUAUAAAUAUUUUUAUUUCAUUCAAAAUUUUAAUUAACACUAUCAUUUAAUAUUUAUUUACAGGCUUGUGUUGUCGGUUUGGCUUUAAUAGCUCACUGUGUUGCCGCUGAAGAUACAAAAACCGACAAUAAACAAAACACCAAGAGAAGUUUAGGAUAUUCUGGUCUGUCUGGAUACUCUGGAUCUUCGUAUGGACUUUCUGGAUCUUCAUACGGUCUUUCUGGAUCUUCGUAUGGUCUUAGUGGAUACGGCACUGGUCUUCCGUCAUACUCUCCUGGCAUAGGUCUUGCCUCCCCCGUUAGUCAUGGAUACGCUGCUCCCGCUAGUUUUGGAUACUCCGCCCCAGUAGGUCUUGGAUACGGUUCUUCAUACGGUCUUGGAUAUUCCACUCCUACUAUUGGUCUUGGAUACGGUUCUUCGGCUGGUCUAGGAUACGCUGCCUCAUCUGGUUAUGGUAUCGCCGCUCCAGCCAGCUACGGGUAUGGUAUCCCAACCGCUGCCGCUGUACCAACCAGAGUUAGCUCAUCCAACCAAGUUGUGUCUGUAUCCGUACCACAGCCGUACGCCGUUCCAGUAACCCGUCACGUACCCGUACCAGUCGCACAACCCGUACCAGUUUCCGUGCCCAGAGCCGUCCCCGUUAGUGUACCUCACCCAGUUCCAGUAACAGUCAACAGACCAUACCCAGUUGAUGUACCAAGGGCCGUUCCGGUUAGCGUACCUCAUCCAGUACCAGUUCCUGUCAGCAGACCAGUACCAUACUCAGUACCACAACCAUACCCAGUUGAAAUCCAACAACCCGUGCCAUACUCCGUCCCAACCCCAGUCGUUGCUCCAGCUCCUGCCCCAGCUAUCGCUAUCCCUGCACCAGCCUCCUAUGCCAUCGCUGCCCCAGCUGUAAGCUUUUCCGCACCAGCACCAGCCUCGUACGCCAUUGCCGCUCCAGCCCCAGCCGUGAGCUUUGCCGCCUCUGCACCGGCUUACGCUUCGUCCUAUGAAUCAUAUGCCGCACCAGCAGCUUUGAGUGCUUCACCUUACUCAGCACCAGCAUACUCAUCAUACAGCUCCGCCAUCCCGUCUUACUCUUCAUCAGCAUACAGUGCACUUCCAUCUUACUCGUCAGCUUCAUAUAACGCAGCUCCGUCUUACUCGUCGGGUUCAUAUAGCGCAGCUCCGUCUUACUCGUCAGCUUCAUACAGUGCUGCUGCUCCAUCUUACUCGUCGGCUUCGUACAGCGCUGCUAGCCCAUCCUACUCAUCGGCUUCAUACAGCGCCGCUAGCCCAUCUUACUCAUCGAGUUCAUUGGGUUCAUCCGACUACUCCAAUGUCGCAUCCAGUGGAUACAGCUCAUCUUCCAGCAUCGGUUCUACUUAUGGACCACCAGCAGCAAGCUAUUCUAGCAGCAGUGGAUACAAAAAGUAUUAAAUACAUUAAUUGUGCCAGCUAGAAAGUAAUGACUGUAUUGUUUAGGUUUUCGUAAUUAUUAUUUUUUAUACUAUCCUUGUUAAUUUUUUGUACUUUCGCAACUUUUCAUAUUAAUUGUUAUAUAAUUAGUUUAGAUAUCGUUUGUGUAAUAUUUUAAGUCUCAUUCAUUCUGUAAUUUUUUAAUAAAAAUUAACAUAAUGAAUUUAAAUAUCUUGCCAAUUAUUAAUACGUAUACCUAUUUAUACUUGCAUGAGUAAACACUAGUUUCAUAGUUGGAUUAUAAACGGAUAUAUUAUAAUUAUUGUUAGACAUUAUAAUACGUAUAAAUAUGUAUUGUAUACAAUUAUACCAGAUGUUUCUCAUAACUACGUCAGGCAAUAUUUUCACUGCACAUCUUAAAUAACGUACAUAUAAGUGAAUAGUACAUAUUUUUCCAAAAGAAAUAAUUAAUUUAUACUAAAAAAUAACUAAACAAUAAACUAUAAUUAAUAACUUAAAUAAUUAAAAAGCACUUUUAGGUUUCCAUUUGAGUAAUGAAAAUUGGUACCUACUCGAAAAACAUAAAAUAUUUAAAAUAACAAAAAAAAUAGUUGAUACUGGAAAAACGAAAAUGGGAAGGAUACAUAAAGGUAUUUAAUAUAUAUCUAUAUGUAAUGAUAAACCAUCAGGGUGGUACUUUAGGGAAUUCAAUUUUUGGUUUUCCCGGAUAUUUUUAUGCAUAUUUACGAUGGGUAUACCUUAAUGGGACACUGUAUAUCCUAACAUUUUUGUAUUUGGGGAGUAUGAUAAUCCUAGCACAAUCGUAUUGUAUAGGGUGUAUAAUGUCCCUCGGUAUGAAAUUCCUGUAACACUGGCA